CAGUGAGCUUACUUAUGCUGUCAUGCGAUCUGAAAGUUGCUUGAGUCACAGUCUGUAAGUGCUGUAAGUGUCUACUAGUACCUCUACAAAUAACAACUGUGACCACAAGUGGGUGCAGUACCUAUAAAGUCACCAUGCAAAGCUUGGCAUGGGAGGCUGCAUCACUGAGUUCCUGCUCUCUGCUCAGCUGUGCUUUUGUGAUGGGGCUCCAGGCUGGGACACGCCUGCUCCACAGGAACCUUGUCAUCCUGCCUGUGGUGAUGGUGAUGCUUCUCCUCUGUGUGAGUGCAGGCCCAGCAGUACCCACUGCCAGCUCCCGGACUGGUUUCCCCGCAGACUGCAGCCAUCUCCGCAAGACCAGCCCCAGUGGGGUGUAUGUCAUCCAGCCAGCAAAGUCUCCCCCACGGGUGGUGUGGUGCGACAUGGACACCGAAGGAAAGGGCUGGACUGUUGUCCAGAGAAACUCUCAUGACACUGAGCUCACUUGGAAGCAAUCCUGGACCACAUACAAGUAUGGCUUUGGGAAUGUGCAGGGUGAUCACUGGCUGGGCACUGAGUACCUGCACCUGCUCACACAGCAAGGCACCUACAAGGUCCGCUUCGUUGUGCGGAAUAAAGCCAAUGUCACCCAUUAUGCUGAAUAUGACAUCUUCAGGGUGGAGAGCGAAGCCACUGGAUACCCACUGAGGCUGGGUCGGUUUUCUGGUGAUGGGGAUGACUAUCUGACCAGCUACUAUCCCAAGAAGGGGGGAAUACAUGACAACAUGAAGUUUAGCACAACCGACAGAGAUCAGGACCAGUACAGUGGGAACUGUGCCAGCAGCUACGGGGGCUGGUGGUAUGACAGAUGCCAGAAUGUCCUGCUCAAUGCCAAAAACCACAUCCUCUGGCCAGGAUUCUGCGACAGUGGUGACUGCGCAUCCUCCCUCAUGCUGGUCAAACCCACAGAUGUGUGUUAUCUGUAUUGAAGUGGCCAGACUCCCAGGAGGCUGCAGGAAUGCAGUGCCCUGUUCCUGUGCCUGCCAGCAACUCUGUACCAGCCCUAGAGCUUGUCCUGCACUGCCUGCAGUUCCUGCACUGUAAUCAGCUG